AUCCAACAUCAAUUCAACUAAUUUGGACAUUUUUAAUGGAUAGUGGGUUUCGUUAAAUAAGAAUGAAGAACGUUGUGAAAUGAUUUCAUCAAGAGAUUUUAUUCCUCUGUGGAGGCGGCAUCAUCAUCGGCAGUUUACAGAGGAUUCAAGAUUUGCAGAGUUCAAUUUAGUAGCACUUUCUGGGGAGUUCAAAGCACAUCUCAAACCUCAAUUCUUAUCACCAGGAAUCACAUACACAGUUAAUUUAGUGUUCAAACUCACAAACCGAAAUGGGAACUCAAACGAACCUACGUAUGUAGCCCUCGAUUACAAACUGAAAUGGGAGACAAAAUGUUCAACUGCAUACCUUGCACAUGAGAGAGAAGAUAGAUGGAUGACGGUUGAAUUGUAUCAGUUUACUAGCCACAAAAGAGAUUUUAACCUCGAAAUUCUGUUUGAUGGCAUUCAAAUUCAUUUAAACGCCCUCGUGGUAGAAGGCAUCGAGUUCCGGCCCUUGGAGAGAGUGGCGUCAGAGGUUGAGAAGGUGGAUAUACAACCUGUAUCAGAUUGGGAAAGAAGAUUGCCAGAAGAUCAUGAAGAAAUAAUCAAGUGGUCAAAAGAUAGUAUCAAAUGGAGAACGAAAAAGGAACUCUAUUUUCUUUUUUGUAAAGGCUUCCUGAUCAAUAAUGGUGAAGAGUGGUUUUUUCUGGCUAAAAAUGGAAAGAAAUGUCUUUUCCUACCGGCAAGAGCGCUUUUAGACACAAACCGAUGGACAUUUCAAUCUUUACCCAACUUAAGGUUUGAAGAAGUGGCUCUUGAUUGUUUUAGGAGUUAUUUUCAUAUUCUCGGCGAAAUCAAAUUUCAAAUGCUAUCACCUGGAACAAUAUAUGCAUGUAACCUUGUCUACAAAAUAACAGGAGACGUCGACAAAAUCGAGGAGCCUAUUGAAGUGAGAAAUUGGUAUCUUCCUUUUUCCGAUUCCGAUGAGAUUAAUUAUCGAUAUAUCUAUUUACUUGGUCCUCAAUUGCCGGUUAUUAGACCAAAUGUUGAUGAAAAUACCCAUAACCCCCCGAUAUCGCAAAUGCCAAAAUUCAAAGGCCUUCCACGACUACGGAACAAUGGUUGGAUGGAAGUUGAAAUAUGGGAAUUUGAAACAUCUGUUAGGGUUGACAAGUUUGAGAUUAACUUUUUGCUACAAAGAAAAUCUGGCUCGGGGUUUCAGGGGAUUAGUGUGCAAGGCAUUGAGGUAAAACCUAAAAGAUGAUCUUCUUUUAUGAUUAAUUGUAAGCACAUAUAAUAUUAAUGGGUUUGUUUUCGUUUUAAUUGAUUAUGUAUUGCCAUGAAGAUGAAGUUUU